AUGGAGAACGAAAAGGGAGAGAUCGUCGAUCUCUACGUCCCCCGCAAAUGCAGCGCAACCAACCGCAUCAUCAAGGCUAACGACCACGCCUCCGUGCAAAUCUCCAUCGGAAACGUUGACGAGAACGGCCGCUACACCGGCGAGAACGGCGUCUAUGCGCUCAGCGGAUUCGUGCGCGCUCGCGGCGAGGCCGACGACUCUCUCAACCGUCUUGCCCAGCGCGAUGGAUAUUUGAAGAACGUUUGGAGUGCUCAGCGAUAA